CCUUCUCCAAAAGUUCUAUGGUAUUGAUUGUCAAUGUCCUGAAGUUCAACCGAGAAGAGGCAAAAACCUGCCCGAAGGCGGGCUCGACUCUAGAGCUAAAAAGCUACACCGUGAAGACCGUCAGGACUACGAGUUCUCUAUUCAAUGGAUCAGUGAAAAUGCUCAUCCUAUGUACCGCAACAAACACAAUGAAGUGGUUGGCUUACGAGAUCUCUCGGAGGUUUCCCUCUGUAAGGCACAUUCUAGUACGCUGUAUAGAGCAAAAAAGAGGCACGAAAGGAAUAAGGAAGAAGAUAUCCAUCAUACGAGCGCUGAUAGCAAUAAUGAAUUUGCGUCAACGGAAGUAACGGCGACCAUAGUGCAACCACAAACACCAGUUUCUCCUGCAGACAGUUGUCCUCAACAUACGAAUAUGGAGGAGGACAGCAGCGUAUCAGCUGUCAAAGCAACUCUACCGCGUAUGGGUAAUCACUUACCACAUCAGCCACUGUCCACAUCAAGUGAAUAUUCUUUAAUGAGAAUGAUACCAUCAACGUUUCAGUCUUCCGAUACGAAUACAAUUAUGGGUGACAUGAACACGAGCUUGAGCCACAAACGUAAAAGAGCGGCUUACCAACAUCAUCGUACACAAUCACCGAAUAAGAUAAACACAAGUUUUAUAGUACAAGCUCAACAUCACAAUCAGCCAAAACUCUCCCCUCAUCAGUCAACAUCUAUUUACAAUGGGGAUAGGCACCCCUCUAACGCCUUGACACGUAAUCAUUUAUUUAUAAAAAAGCCGCAGCCACACCACAACAAUACCUCUACUCCUAAUUCUACUAUGAACGCUACUGAUAACAAUAUUACCCCGCCUGUACAUACCAUACCUUCUCAGCAGUAUUUAUUAGACCGUUUUUCUUCCUCUCAGUUACCUCCGUUGCAAACAUCCCAUCAUUUCAGCGAUAAGAACAAUAAUAAGAUCACAGCAACAACAUCGGCCAAGUCAUCGGAACAAAUACAUCAACCUGUACCUAUCCAACCUCAUUAUUCACUGGUACAGCCAUAUCCCACUGCUAAUGCUACUUCCUGUGUUAGUAGCAUGAGUCACACUCUACCCUCACCAUCCAUGAUACCUCCAUCUUCCAUUUCUAUCAUGCAGCAUCCUCAACUGUCUUCUUCACCCUAUUCAUUUAGUGGCACUGCAGCAAACAAUAGCAAGCAUAGCCAAGUUCAUUCCCAACAGCACGAAAGCGAAGAUGUUAUCGCAACAAGUCCAAAAAGCCAUGACAGUACGAGCAGUGUCAACAAUGUUUCUAUGGGUCCCACGAUCAAUAGACCGAAUAGUAGCCAUAGUAAGUCAAGCAAGCACGAAGAGGACAAUGAUAGGCUGAUAAUUGAGACAGUCUCGCUCAGACCUAGCUUGCCACCUCAUCCAAACCCCACAAGCCCUUACACUGCAGCAGUGGGAUCAGCAGCAACGGCAGCUACUACAGAUGAUAACAAUUACAAUGCUCGGUAUUAUUUUCGUAAUCUAGCCAUCACAGAUAACUUUACAUUCCGUGAUUUGUUGGCUGAAGUCGAUAUCCAAGGCUCACCUCCCCCACCGGGAAAACGUAUUGUGAUAUCCGAUCUUUCGUCAGAAAGAAUCUAUCCCUUAGAUCGACCUAUUCGUGAUGUUAUCACAAAACCCACUUCUACUCAUAUUGAACUAUGCUUGGGACUUGUUGACAAACCAUCUAUUGAUUGGAGUGCCUAUUCUUAAUGCCCAACUGCACAGUGUCUGCUUCCAUAAGAAGCGCUACUACUAUUAUUAUCACUACUGCUACUACUACUAUUACCACUAAUAAUAAUGCUGAUGAUAAUUCUUAAGAAAGUAAGAAUCUGCUAUUGUCCCUGUCAGUGUAUUUGUGCGAAACGAAAAA